CAUCACAGUGCCACCUCCCUUGGACUACUUUAGCCCCUGCCCAGAGCCCAGGCGUCCACAGAGCCUGGGGAGAUGAGCUGGAGUUGGAGACAGAGUUGAAGAGUGUAAGGAGAAACUUGUAGCAGCCAAGGUGUGUCCUUGACCUUCUUCAGGAGAGCAAGAGCCAGAGGUCUUUGGUGUGCCCUUGGAAACCUGCCUGAAGUUCUCACCAAGCCACGCAGAGAAUGGAGCGGUCCACUCGGGAGCUGUGUCUCAACUUCACUGUUGUCCUUAUCACAAUUAUCCUUAUCUGGCUCUUGGUGAGGUCCUAUCAGUACUGAGAGGCCAUGCCACAUACACUUGGGAUUGACUGAGACUCUGGAGCUGUCUUCUGUGUUCCCUGUGCUCCCACUGCUGUCACUGUCAUGGGAUGCCAUCCUGGCACCCCCAAGUCACCUCUGUUUUGCACGCACAAUGUUGACAUACUCCAGUACUAGGGUCGAUCAUGUAUUCUUUUAAGAUGCUGCUUUUGAGGUCUGCCAACUGUUUGCCAGUGAGUGUCAAAUUUAUUUCCCAGCUCUUACUGCAAACACAUUAGACAAGCCUCAGGGUUAAAACUAAACUGGAUUCAUGAUGAUAGAGAAUUGUAACAAGCCCCUGAUGUGUCUCACCAUACAACUUUUCAACUGACACUGUCUGUGACCGAAAACUCAAGUUCAACCCAGCAGAAGAAAUGUUAUAGGAGGUCUUUGUCAGCCCUUAUAGCUAUCAUGUGAAUAAAGUUAAGUCAACCA